ACAAUGUAGUAAUGAUCCUGUUCCAGUGUUUGUUUGAAAAUCCGAGUGUACGGUCGAUCACGUCCACGCGAGUAGAAGAAAAUAACCAUGUCGAUCUCGUUCAACUCUCGUCGCUCGGCAUGUCUCAGUCGACGCGACUGCGUUGCUUCCAGCCAGCAGUUGGGCACCAAGGUCGGCCUGCAGAUCCUGAAGGACGGGGGCAAUGCGGCCGAUGCCGCUGUGGCUGUAGCAGCCGCUCUGAACGUCACUGAACCCUGCAGCACAGGAAUAGGCGGCGACUGCUUCUGUCUGUACUACGAUGCGGCGAAGAAGCAGGUGUUCGGCCUGAAUGGGAGUGGCCGCUCGGCUGAGAGCCUUAGCUUGGAGCGGCUGGAAAGCGAGGGCUAUACGGCCAGCAAUCCACUUCCGGCACGGCAUGCGUACAACGCCACUGUUCCCGGUGCUGCUGCCGGCUGGGUUGACACUAUUGAGAAGUUUGGUAGCGGCAAGCUCACCAUGACGGACGUACUGCAGCCUGCUGUUGAUCUGGCCGACGACGGUGUGCCCGUGGCUGCCAUAUGCGCCUUCCACUGGCAGCGCGGUGCCGAUGUGCUGACGCAGGACCUGAAGGAGAAUAACGGCGGCGACCUGCUGGUGGACGGGAAGGCGCCGCAAGAAGGUGACGUAGUCAAGAUGCCAUUCCUAGCCGACACGUUCAGAGCCAUCCAAACACAGGGCAAGGCUGGAUUCUACUCUGGCCGCAUUGCUCAGGCCCUGAUCAAUGUCGUACAGGCGAAUGGUGGAGCACUGACGAUGGAGGACUUGGCAAAUCAUAGGACAACGUUUGAGGAUCCGAUUCACACCUCGUAUCGGGGCAUCGAUGUGUGGGAGAUAGCACCAAAUGGUCAGGGUCUUACUGCUCUGAUGGCCCUGAACAUUCUCGAGAAUUUCCAGAUGAAAGAAAUGGGCCACAACUCCGUUCAGUACAUACACACGCUGAUCGAAGCGCUGCGCCUGAGCUUCGCCGACACCUUGUGGUACGUCGCCGAUCCGGCCAAGCAGAAGGUACCCGUUCAGGAGCUCCUGUCCAAGACAUACGCAAGGGAGAAGUCGUUGACGAUCUCGGCAGAAAAAGCACUGGCGGACUGCAAGCGUGGGUCUCCUGCUAACAGCAGUGAUACCGUCGUGUUCAGCGUGGUGGACAGCGCAGGAAAUGCGUGUUGCUUCAUCAACAGCAACUACAUGGGCUUUGGCACGGGUCUGGUGCCCAAAGACUGCGGGUUCUCCCUUCAGAACCGCGGUGCCAAUUUCUCCCUUGAUCCGUCGCAUCCGAAUCGCCUCGAAGGCGGCAAGCGUCCCUAUCACACAAUCAUUCCGGGCAUGGCAACGCACAUGGGCUCUGGCGAGCUGUACGCCUGCUUCGGAGUGAUGGGCGGCUUCAUGCAACCGCAAGGACACGUGCAGGUCCUACUAAACAUGAUCGACUACGGCAUGGACCCACAGGCAGCUCUGGACGCUCCUCGGAUCUGCAUCGGUUCAGGCUACGGCUUCACAACGGAGUCGGACGUGGCCAUGGAGGACGGCAUUGACGAGGCUACGUGCCAGCAGCUGAAGGCCAUGGGGCACAAUAUAGCAGGACCGGUGUGCGGUCACGCUCGCGCGCUCUUCGGGCGCGGCCAGAUCAUCGCGCCGCGACUAGCUGCGUCCGGCGAGCGCGUGUGGUGGGCCGGAUCCGACGGCCGUGCUGACGGCAUGGCCCUGGGUAACUAAGCAACACUUAACCAGUGUAUAGUACACAUACCGUGUUGCAUCAUCUCGAGUCGACAACAUUCUGUAUAGUUACCUAUCAUUGCCAACUCAACUAUCUGAGCAUGAUUGGCUAAGGCGGCCUCUUUUAUAAAUUGUAAAUACAGACAACCAGAGUGCCUCGCCGUGGUUACCGUGACGUUUACGAGUCAACCCACAUGCUGGUGGCAUCAUGCUAUUUGCAAAUACUGUACGAAAACGGAGUACAGAAUUUCAUAGUAUUCAUUCCCGAUUAUUUCAGAGCAAUUUAGGCACACGGAAACAUUUGAAUCAGUCUGCGAUUUUUGCUCUGUGACUGCGGUGGAUGAAUGCAUUCAUAUUAUUCCUAUCCGUGUUGAUAUUUUACAGAACCGCGAAUUUUGAAACUGUAUCUUAUUAUUCUAUUUUCCAAUCCUGGAUACUGUAGGCCGAUGAUUUGUUUGCCUGCUGGCGUGUGUGAGCCCAACACCAGGAAUGGGUGUCUGACAUGGUCGCUGAGGGUAUUAUAGGCUAUAUAACUUUGAUAUUUACUUUCUUUUGUAA